AAAAAACCAAACCUAAAACAAAGAACAAGAAAGAAAAAAAAACAGAGAUAAAAUCUUCUUUCAGUUCAAUCUCAAUACUAAUAACAAUUUUUUCAUCCAAUUCCCGUAACAGUUAAAUUUGUAUAGAUCGAAAACGGAAACAGUUUUGACGCUCUAUAAUGUCAGAAAUUGUAAAACCAAAUCUCGUAGCCACAGAUUUUGAUGAUGAGAACGACCCAUUUGUUGACACAACCUCGAUUACUUCUUAUGGAACAUCGAUUCUUCAGACGGGUUUUCCAUCGGAGACCGCAGAGAUCGUUAGAGAGAUGAUUGAGAAGGAGAGGCAACUUUCGCCUAGAGAUGAUUACCUCAAGAGACUGAGAAGUGGGGAUUUGGAUUUGAAUGUCAGAAACCAAGCCCUUGAUUGGAUUUGGAAGGCUUGUGAGGAACUUCAAUUUGGACCAUUGUGUAUAUGCCUAGCAGUUAACUACUUGGAUCGUUUCUUAUCUGUUCAUGACUUGCCUAGUGGAAAAGCCUGGACUGUGCAAUUGUUGGCUGUGGCUUGUUUGUCCUUGGCAGUCAAAAUUGAGGAAACAAAAGUUCCAGAAUUAAUACAUUUGCAGGUUGGAGAUUCCCGGAUCUUGUUUGAGCCUAAAUCAGUUCAAAGAAUGGAACUUUUGGUGUUGAAUGUAUUGAGAUGGAGGUUACGAGCCGUGACACCGUGCUCUUACAUAAGAUACUUCCUGAGUAAGAUCAAUGGCUAUGAUCAAGAACCAUCCAGCAGACUGGUCUCCAGAUCACUACAAGUGAUAGCCAGCACAACCAAAGGUAUUGACUUUUUGGAGUUUAGAGCUUCAGAGAUUGGUGCUGCAGUUGCUCUUUCCGUUUUUGGAGAACUCCACACAUUUCAAGUUGACAAAUUCUUCAUCUUUUCGUUUUCCUUACACCUGGAAAAGGAGAGAGUGAAGAAGAUUGGUGAAAUGAUUGAAAGAGAUGAGCCGGCUUCAUGUUCGCAAACACCCAAUAAUGUAGUCUUAAAAUUUAAGACUCAUCAUUCUCCCUCUCUUUCUUCUACUUCUGUUUCCUCCUCCCUCACUUCUCUUUCUUAAUUUCUCCCUUUUUAUUUGUCAUUUGAAAUUUUAAUUGAUGAAGAAAAAACAAAGUCAAAGAAAUUUUGCAGAUUUGAUUUAUGCUAAAGAUAAACAAAGGGGAAGAUACGUUUU